CCUUCGGUCUUUCCACAGGUGAUUGAGGCCGAGACUGUGGGCUUGAACGCCAUCUUCCUGCUCCUCAUGUCCCGUGUAUCGCAGGCCUCGGGGGGCAUCUUGCCACCACUCAGCUCCCUGGUGGGGCCCAGGAAGGUGUUGCCAAUUGAUGGAGGGGAACACCUGGAGGCAGCUGACACAGGUUCCAGAUCGCUGACGCCGCUGGCCAAGUCCUUCCAGAAAGCGGAGGCUCUCCUGCGCCACUGCGUCAACCCCAGCCUGUGGCGCCUGCUGCCCCCGCGCACCAACGAGAGCGCUUACGACAGCGAGGAGGAGGACUCUCCUGGAGGCCUGGCCCGCCUGGCCCAGGUGGAGCGCAGCUUCUUGGGGCUCAGCAGCUGCCUGUUCGUGAUGGAGAACCCCCGCACAGAGACCUUCCAGGCCCACGUGCGCCCAGCUCUCCCGGACACGCCCCGGGGCGCCUUCACUUACCACGCGGCCCGGAGCAGCGUGGCUCGCCACUGUGCCACUCUCCACGCUCUGCUGCAGCACCGCCACCACCUCCGCCUCUCCCGCCACUACAGCCGCCGCCUCAAGGCGGCUUCGGCCUUUGUGCAGCACCUGAUGGCCGCGGAGCGCUGCGUGCCGUCCCUGCUGCCGCUGGCCAGCCAGCCGGACGCCACCUGGGGCCGCCAGCUGCGGGGGCUGUGCGAGGAGAUGCGCACCCACGCCACGCACUGGGAGGGGCUGCAGCGGCGCAUCCGCAGUGACCCCUGGCUGCGGCACAUGCUGCUGCAGCGCCACGAGGUGGUCCAGCACAUGAGGCGGUCCCUCUGCUUGCUGGCCCUGCAUGCCGUCUGCUUCCUGGAGCGCCACAUCGAGGCCUUGCUGCGCAGCUUGGCCCACGCCCUUCCUGUGCCCGCUGCCCCGCUGUCCGACUUCUUCCAGGGGCUGGAGAUCUACAACCAGGUGGUGAACGACCAGGCGCUGCAGCAGGCCUUCCUGGAGCAGCAGGCCAGGAAGCCUGGACUGCAGAGAACAGCGAGUAGCUCCCCAGCCUUCCCCCUGGAGAGGGUCUUGGGCAUCCUGGCAGCUGAGAGGGGCAAGCGGGCCGCCCAGAGGCUGCACCCUCUGCUCCUCCGAGUGGGGGGUCUGGAGCCAGCGCCUUGGGAUGGGGACACCAAGCCUGGGCUCCUGGAAAGGGCCUCCCAGGCAUCUCCAGCAGGCGAGGGUCUCCCCAGCCUCUCAGUGGAGCUGCAGGCCUUGUUCCACGAGGAGGAAGAGCGUCUUCUUGUGGUCCUGGGGGAGCUGGUGGCUUCCACUGACAGCCUGUGGCAUCACGUCCUGAACCGGCCCAAGCCGGAGAAGCCCCUCGAACGCUUGGAGCCGGCUGACCUGCCUCAGGGGCUGGACUCUGACUCGCUGCCCAGCUGGAAGUCUGUGCGUUGGCUGGACACCUCCUUCACAGAGGCGGCUGCAGCGCUCUAUGCCCAGUACUGCCCACUGCUGUGGAGAGCUGCUGCCUCUUCCUUGGCCCACCAGCUGGAGCUCCACCCGCCCCUGGCGCACUUCCAACCGGGGGCAGCGGCUGCUUUGGCCCAGCGGCUGAGCCGUGGUCUGGCACAGACCUGUGUGCCUCAGGAGAGCAUGGAGGAACUGAAGGCCUUGGCGCUGCAGCUGCUUAUGCGCGAUGUCCUCCAGCACUGGGACCAAGGUUUCUGCCAGGCUCUGGGCUCCAGCCUCACCGACAAAUGCUUGGCCAAGCCUGGCCAGAGCACAGAGAUGGCCUGCAGCCGGACGGCUCAGCUCUUGCAGAGCCUCUACCUGCCCUUGGCCUUCAGCCUGCAGUGCCUGGGCUCCCAGCCCACCGAGAGUACAGUCGGCAGCCUUGUCCCAUGCGGCCUCCACCUGCGGCUGCUGUCCCUCUCGCUGGCCACCGCUCACUCCUCCUGCUACUGGGUCAUGAGCAAGGCCUACCAGUACUUGGCUUCCUGGUCCCUCAACCAGUUCCUCCUUGUGACCCAGGGAGACUUGCAGCUGCUGAAGGCAGAGGCCGACAGGAUGUCCACGCUGGUGAGCACAGCUUUUCCUGAGGGCAGGAAGAAGCAGAGCCCCCUCCUCUCUGGUCAGGAGCAGGAGCUGAGCCAGCAGAUCCACUCCACAGCUUCCAGUGUCCAACUGUUUGCGAACAAAGUGCUGACCCUGUUUUCCUUGGACUGCAAGCGCAUGUCGGCGGAGAUCUUUAGCCAAACCAUGCCCCUCGGCAAGCACUGGCGCCUCGCCCUCCGAACAGAGCUGCCGCCCUCCCCCAGCGAAUACGCCUCAGCUGCUGCCCAGAGCGUCCUGGGUCAGGUCUUGCUGGGCAUCCAGCUCCUGCCUCAAGAUGCCCAAGGACCAGCACUCAGCCAGGUGACUACGGCCUUCUUGGAAGCCUGGAUGGACCACAUCCUGGCCCAGAAGAUCAAGUUCAGCCUCCAGGGUGCCCUUCAGCUGAAGCAGGACUUUGACCUGGUGCGUGAGCUGCUGCAGUCAGAGGAUUACGGCCUCUCUCCAGAGAUCAAGCAGCUGGUGCUCUCCCUCCGCAUCUUCCAGCAAGUGGACAACGCCAUCGCCUGCCUCUUGCAGCAGCCCCCCAAGACCUCCUUGCCCUCACACACCUGGGACGCCUUCCACAAGUGCUGCUCCCACGAUGGGAUUCGCACGCAGGACGGCGGCCCAGGCAGCCUGAACAGCCUGGAGAGCCUGGAAGGGCUGCCCACGCAGGCGAGGGCCGUGCUGGAGAGCCAGGCGGGCGACCUGCUGAGCCGCAUGCAGGGGGGCGGCUGCAGCCCCGAGACCUACCUCAGCCCGAUGCAGCAGGAGUGGCUGGCGCUGCGGCUGCACGGGGGCCGCCGCUGGAAGGUCCCCGCCCUGCCCUGCAUGAACAGGACCUCUGAGCCUUGACUGGGCCAGGCGGGGCAGCUCCAGCCUUGGCAGGACGAGCACCUGCGAGCCGCCACUCGCACCAUGGACUCCUCGAGGCUCCCUUCACCUGCCACACGUGCCUCA